UUUGACAACAUGAAGGGCAUUUUGGCGAUUGUUUUGAUUGCUCAGCUAUACACGUACACGGAAGGAUGCACGUGUUUCAACCCGGAUAUCAACAGACCAAUAGCGUGCGAUAGUGACUUCAUUAUUAAAACACGAAUAAAAUCCAAUUUGAAGUCACCAAAAGGCCCUCCAACAGUGGAACAGACAUCGUACUACAAGACAAGCAAACCUAGGUCUGACCACAUAUACAAGUUUAACGGUGUGGUGUCUAUCAUAAAUCUCAAAAAGGUGUACACAGCUGACAACAGUGCUGCGUGUGGAGUCGAUACUCUUCAAAAGGGAAAAACAUAUGUCCUAUCUGGAAGGAUCGAUGAAGCAAACAAGCGCCUCACGAUCGACUUAUGUGGUUCGUGGAUAAGGCCAGAGCCAAUCAGUAAUGCUACAAUGCAACUGCUGAUGGAGUUCAAGAACAAAACGGUGAACUGCCCUCCAAGAAUAGUUCCCUCAUAAUGUUACUAGUAAUUUCGAUUAAAGGAGAACAUCGUUCGAAAGAAUCAGACGAUCCAGGUCAUUUAAUGAGUCAUGUCACAUAAAACGAAACAAAACAACAUUUUGCA